UGUGCGGUUUGGCUCCGUGAGUGUGUUCGUGGAAAAGGGGCAUCAAGUUGCCCUGGAGUGGUGGAACAUCAAUUUCCCUGCCCCAAAAGUCUUUUUCUUAAUUUCUGGGCCCUCUCCUCAUGGAUGAUGUAAUAAGUGGUCGGUCUCUAUGCGGUGUCCUGCUCUCCUGGAGUUAGAUGAGGAUGAAGAUCCCAGAGCAGAGGAGGCAGCCCCCAUCUGUUUCAAUAGAUGGGUCUUAAUCACUCUGCCGAAACCAACCCAUCUGCGCGGCGGAGGAAUUUGCCCCCCAAACAACGCCCUGAUGCCACCGCCGGGCACCCAAAAGACACUCGAAGAGAGAGUCCUGCCUGUCACCCAGAUGCCUGCUAGGAGCUUUAACGUAUCGAGCCCAGCCUUGCUUUAUCUCAGCUAGCAUUUCAGCCACCACGUUUAACACACCGCUAGCAGUGGUUGCCUCCCGAUUUACCCACGGAGCAGCAGAAGGGAUGCACUAAGGAAGGCUGAGCUGCCCCUGCCUUGCUGCUGUCCUGCCUGUGAGCUGCUCCUCCUGUUACUCACCAGCAGCUCAGACCUUUUCCACCCACCAAGUUUCCCCCUGUUCCCCACGUAGCAGCUGCAUCCCCCUUAGCACACUCCGCGCUGUGCCGCGCUGGUUCGCCGGGCGCCUUGCGAGCUGCUCUUGGCUCUCGGUGCCUCCCGGAGCGUCUUGGAAGUCGUGGGGAUACGGAUGGGCUCCUCCGGGAAAUAAUAGCGGGAUGAGAUCAGCUGUGGGAGCGACUCGCUGAGGUCUGGCCGGGCUGUGGCUGCCUGUAACUCCGCUGGAGAAGAGGUGUGUGUGUCUGUCUGUGUGUGAUCCUGACUCGCCCGAUCUGCUUGCUGGACUACGAGAGGAGCUCCUCAUUGCCUGGGAAAUCGACUGUCCCCAUUGUUCGGCAGUAAAAUAGCUGCACCAGGCUGUGAUUGGCAAAGGACUGGAUCACCCAGGUUGCUUGCAUCACGUAGGCAGCUGCCACCGAAAUGACACACUUGAUUGAAGGCCAAAAGAACCAUAUACGUAACUGCCUGUGAUUAAGCUCCAUAUGAUGCCUCAGAGCAAGUAAAAAAACCCCUCCUUCAUCUCAUCUUGUUUGUAACGAGACAACCGUUGCAGGGAUAUCAUUUGGGUCAUGUUGUGGCUUUUGGGGCUUUGUUUUGGGUUGGUUUCUGAUUGGUUUUUUUUUGGCUUCUGGCUGUAAACUUCCAUGACCUGCACCAAUCUGCCGUUGCACCCUCGCGCGAUGCCCCAUGAGAGCCUGGUGCUGUAGGUGUGCUGGUAGCUGGGAAUACAAAUUUCACCAGGGAGAAGAUGCCAUUCCACCAUGUAACAGCUGGCUUGUUGUACAAAGGCAACUACCUGAACCGCUCACUCUCCGCCGGCAGCGACAGCGAGCAGCUAGCCAACAUCUCCGUGGAGGAACUGGAUGAAAUCCGUGAAGCUUUCCGGGUGCUGGACAGGGAUGGCAACGGCUUCAUCUCCAAGCAGGAGCUGGGCAUGGCCAUGCGCUCCUUGGGGUACAUGCCCAGUGAGGUGGAGCUGGCCAUCAUCAUGCAGCGCCUCGACAUGGACGGGGAUGGCCAGGUUGAUUUUGAUGAAUUCAUGACUAUUCUGGGACCUAAGCUGGUAUCAUCAGAAGGCAGAGAUGGCUUCCUAGGAAAUACAAUAGACAGCAUAUUCUGGCAGUUCGACAUGCAAAGGAUAACGCUGGAAGAGCUGAAACACAUCCUCUACCACGCCUUCCGGGACCACCUCACCAUGAAGGACAUCGAGAACAUCAUCAUCAACGAGGAGGAGAGUUUAAAUGAGAACUCAGGCAACUGCCAAACAGAGUUUGAAGUGCACGCCCAGAAGCAGAACAGACAGACCUGCGUCCGGAAGAGCCUUAUCUGCGCCUUCGCCAUGGCCUUUAUCAUCAGCGUGAUGCUGAUCGCGGCCAACCAGAUCCUGCGCAGCGGCAUGGAGUAGCCUCUGGCCACCACACUGUGAACCCAACUGACCAUGCAUGCGCAUGCCACCGGGUGAGCUUCCCCCUCGAACCGACUCUCACACGGCAAAGAGACAGAGGCAGGCAGAUCAAGCACCCAUUCGACCAGGAGCCUGAGGCCAGCAGCGUAAUGUGGCUUGUGAAUCGACUACAUCCUUUUUUGGCAGGGACAUCAAAGGGCUGUCUUAAUGCUUUAAAGGUUAGAUUGUUUUGUUUUUUUAGGUUUGGUUCUUCGGUUUGGGUUUGGUU